UAACAACAUAGUUAUGCUGUGUUAUGAUUUAUUUUUCAAAAGUUUGUUGAUUGAUAAAUAUUGAAUUAUAAUAUAUAUGAAAUGAAUGCGAUGAGUGAUGGUUCACAGCACAGCGUUUCGGAACAAUUAGACUGUAACGAAGUACGCGAAAUAUUAAGAAACACAACCGACUUGCGUCAGUAUUCUAGACAAAUUGAAAAAGAAUUUAAAGAUGUAGAAAAUAAGUCAAUCGAGGACUACAUAGCUGAAUCCAAAAAUGUAGCAAGUUUGCACAAUCAAAUAGGAGAUUGUGACGAUGUCUUAGAACGUAUGGAAAAUAUGCUUAUGGACUUCCAAAGUAUUCUAAGCAGUAUUAGCACGGAAAUAACGCAGCUGCAGCGUAAAUCAGUGGCAAUGUCUGUUCAGCUAACAAAUAGGCAAUCUGUUAAAGCACAACUUUCACAAUUUAUUGAAGACAUGGUGGUCUCUGAAGAAAUGAUCAAAAUUAUAAUGGAAAAACCAGUAACUGAAAAGGACUUCAUUAUGAAUUUGAACGUACUUAAUCAUAAGUUAUCAUUGAUUAAGGAAUUGAGUUUUAAUGAAUCCAAAUCGACAGGAGAUGUGAGCGAUAUACUGCAGAAGCUGAAAUUGAAGGCUAUGUCGAAAAUACGCGUAUAUUUGCUUGAACAAAUAUACAAGUUUCGUAAGCCAAUGACCAAUUAUCAAAUACCUCAAAAUGCUAUGUUGAAGCAUAAAUUUUUUUUUGAAUUCAUACUAUCGAAUGAGCGCCAAGUGGCGCAAGAAAUAUGUAGUGAGUACAUUGACACUAUGAGCAAAAUUUACUACAGUUACUUUAAGAGUUACUCUUCCCGCUUGACGUCUUUAAAAUUUGAAGAAUCUUGUUCGAAGGACGAUUUAAUGGGUAUAGAGGAUAACGUUUCCAAAGGUUUAUUUGCAAAAACGACUAGCCUUAAAAAUAAAAGUACAAUUUUUACUAUUGGCAAACGCGGAGAUGUACUUCAUCAACAGCUCGAAGCACCAAUAAUAAUCCCUCAUGCACAAUUAAAAAAUAGGUACACGUUUGAGGCACUUUUUCGAUCGGAGGAAUAUGCAUUGGUUGAUAAUGCUUGUCGAGAAUAUUUGUUUUUAACUGAAUUCUUUAUGAUACGUAGCUCACAGGCGCAGGAUUUGUUUAACCAGAUUAUGGGCAAAACUUUAACCCUUAUGAUUAAAAACCUUGAAGCAAGUAUACAGGAUUGCUAUGACACUAUAGCAAUGUUUCUGUGUAUUCAACUGAUUUUUCGUUAUCAACUUAUGUGUCAUAAACGUUGUGUUCCUGCAUUAGAUAAAUACUGGGAUUCGCUCCAAGCUGUCAUUUGGCCACGUUUCGAUUAUGUUUUCCAAUUAAAUAUACAAAGCAUUCGAGAAUGCGAUCCCACGAAAUUUAAUAAGGAGAUGGGACCACACUAUAUUACCAGGAGAUAUGCAGAGUUUUCGGCAGCUAUUGUGGGUAUAUCUGAACGUUUUCCAAACGAAGUAGUCAGUCGUUUACUGAUUGAAUUACAAAAUGAAGUAGAAUGCUUUAUUUUACGCAUGGCUGCCAUAUUUCCAACGCGUAAAGAACAGUUAAUAUAUUUAAUUAAUAACUAUGAUCUUGUAUUAGGUGUGUUAAUGGAGCACACUCGUGAUAAUUCAAAGGAAGCAGAAGCAUUUCGAGAACAACUUAACGCACGAAGUGCUGAAUAUGUUGAAGAAAUAUUAGCCCCACAUUUCGGUGGAAUAAUACAAUUCAUUAGAGAAUGUGAGCAGUUCUUUGAAAAAGAACAAUUAGAAGAAUUGCGCAAACAGGAGCGUCGAAGUCUUACAUUAGUUUCUAGCUUUUCAGCAAAUUGGAAAAAGUCGCUAGAGGAACUAAAUCGCGAAGUUUUAUUAUCUUUUCCAUCACUUCUUAUUGGUUCACAAUUGUUACAAUUGGCGCUGGCGAGUUUGGUGCAAUAUUAUAAUCGCUUUCAUAAAUUGUUAACGCCUAACGCGCGUGCACAACUAAUUAACAUUCAUGUAGUUAUGGUUGAAAUAAAAAAAUAUAAAAGUAAUUAUUAAAUAAA